GAGGGUAUGAAUUUCAUGCUAGGGAUGUACAAGGUGUGCAUUCAUACUCGCAGAUACAAUAUACCUGACUUUAUCCUGGAUUACUGUAGUACCGUAUGUUGUAGCAGUUAGUCUUUGCUAAGGAAGACAGAAAGUGUUUGUUUCAUCUGGCUCAGAUCAGAUCGAUGAAUCAGUACUUCGAACAUUCUAGGAUAUCUGGAUAUCGAAUUCUUGGAGGAAAACAUAUGUUGCUGUAAAUAUACUUAAUCAUGAAGUGACCAAACAAGUUCAGGUGAAAAUUGAUUGCAAUAGUAACGCAUCUGUUCAAAGGAAACGGCCAUUCAACAGGUUAGCCUACCUGUACUAUAAAAAUAAUAAUAUGAAACGUAAAGAAACAUAUAUAAUGAUAACUACAUAUCAUGUGCUGAAGUUAAUUGUAUGUAUUUGGUUAUUGAUGGAAAUAAACAGAAGAAAGAAAAGCCGAAGGAAGACUAUGUCUCAAUCAAAUAAAUAUAAUAUCCAAUAUUUACGUUAUUACCUGGGACAUUCAUGUAGUAAAUAUAUUAAACAAUAUAGAAAAUUGUCACAAUUUCUUGAUAGAGGUAUUGUGCCUUAUAUAAGACUAGUACAUGUAUAUAUCGUGCAACUUCCUCCGCGACUCCAUGUUAACAAUCAAAUUCAACGACAUGAUGGAGAAACUGUGUUUCCUCGUCUCAUAUGGGCCUAUCAGACAGGAGAAGGGCUUAAAAUCGACGUUCCUGCCGAUUUACAAUACCAAAACAAUCCUUUCACGGCCAUUCGUGUUCGAGUUCGUAAUCCCGUCGGGAACACCACAGAAGUAGGAACGAGAGAUGACAACAGGGAUGGUGCGGUAAACUUAAAUGGUGCGGAUAACAGGGAGGCUGUUAGUGAGAGGAGGAAUACGGAUUACAGGGAUGCUACGGAAGAUUUGAACGGCGAGGAAGCAUGUUCGGCGAAUCUAUUUGGUGGUAUUGAUCGGUUAGGAAGACAGAGGAGAGGGAUGAUAUUAGUCGAAGUAUGCUAUCGUGGAUCAAACCUCCAUAUCCUAGUGAGAAAGGGCACACCUGUCUCGGAGUUUAUCCGUUCUAGAGAAUUUGGAAGAAAGGUAUUUGAUAAAUGGAAUAUCCCGGAGGAUCACCUGAACAAUAUGAUAUUGAGACAUGGCGACCAAGUUAUUGAGACACUCGAGAUUGACUGCACUCUGCGUCUAACUACAGGCCAUUUGGACCUCUUUAUCCAACAGUAUCAACGUACUAAUAACUGACAUAUUAUUUACUAUUAAAUCUAUUAUUAAUUUUUUACUUAUUUAUUUAUUUAUUUAUUUGUGUAUAUAGUUAUUAUUGACCUUUUCUCUUCUCUGUUAUACUUUCUCUUCAAUAAAUUAUUUUCUCUAUUAUAAGCAAAACUUUCCUCUCAACUAUGAUCUUUCUUUUCCUCCAUUAAUUGAUAAUAAGCAUUCCAUUUUACUAUAUCGUUAAAUAAUUAGAAAUACAACUAUACCACUUAAAUUAUUUAUAAUAUUUAUAACGGAAGUACGGAAAGGACCUGUAUAGGCUUAGCCUGUUGCCAAUCCACUUUAUAUCUAAAAUCUAUCUCUAUUAUGAAAUAUUGUAUGUAAAUUAAUUCAAAUGCUUGAUUGAAUAAAAUAUUUUGAAAUGGAAUGUAUGAA